GGCCCCCGAGCCUAGUCUGAAAUCGGAUUAAGUUGGGAGGGGUAAAUAUGAUUGAGGAGGGACAAACAGCUCACGGAUGCAUUCCUCUAUGCCCACCCCCUCCCUUCAUCUCAGGGACUCCGACAAAGGACGAGACUCAGCUAUGGUGGACCCGGUACCAGAAGAAGAGAAAGAGGGAGCGGAGCCCGGUGGCUCAGAAGGGGAUGGGGCCACAGCGUCCGUGCCCCCAGAUGCCCAGGGAGCCCAACAGCCUGCUGCCUCCUCGACCUCCGCCUCGGGGGCGGCUCCACGCAAGGCCGAAGUCCCCUGCGGAGCAGAAGGUGGGCGUCGCGAGCAGUCCCCACUGCUGCACCUCGAUCUCUUCAACUUCACCUGCCCGGAGGCAGAGGGCAGCCGCUAUGUCCUGACCAGUCCCCGCUCGCUGGAGGCCUGUGCUCGCUGUGCCGUCAAGCCCGUGGAACUGCUGCCUCGGGCCCUGGCCGACCUGGUGCGCGAGGCUCCCGGCCGCUCCAUGCGAGUGGCCACUGGCCUGUAUGAGGCCUACGAGGCGGAGCGGCUCGCCAAAUUACAGCAGUGCCGUGCAGAGCGCGAACGCAUUAUGCGCGAGGAGAAGCGACGCCUGUUCACGCCCAAGGGCCCGGCGGCAGCAGCCCCGGCCUCCGCCUCUGCCUCGGUGCCGAGCACGGGCAGCAGCAGCAGCUGCAGCAGCAGCAGCCUCCCGGCCUCGCCCGCCUCGCGGGUUGCUCGAAGGACUUCUCCCAGUCCCCCUGCCAGGACCCGACCUCCUCCCACCGGUUCUCGGACAGGGAGGAAGAGCCACUCGCUCGACUCGCUGUCCCGCCGGCGGGACGGCGCCCUCAGCUCCGAGUCCGGCGCCUCGUCAUCGUCCUACAGCGGAGAGAGCCUUCGGGAGCUUCGCUGGCCACCUCGAGCUUCAGCCAGGAACAGUUGCCCUGCGGGGUCCGCGUCGUCUGCACCCAACCCACUGGGCCGUCCUUCUGCCCUCGAUCUGGUCCCACUCACAGCCCGCAGCUUCAGCCUGGGCGACCUGAGCCACUCGCCGCAGACCGCUCAGCAUGUGGAGCGCAUCGUGCGCCAAGUGCGAGCUGAGCGAGGCCUGCGCGGGGUCCCCGAGCGCGACCGCAAGAUCGCGGCUCUCAUGCUGGCCAGACACCAGGAGGAGCGCCUGUUGCUGGAGCAACGCGCCGCCGCCCACGGCCAGUGGGAGCAACAGCGCAUGCGCGCCGAGCAGAGGCGGGAGCGCGAGGGACGCGAGAAGCAGCGCGCGCUGGAGCAGGGCAGGCGCGCCUGGGCCGCGCAGGUGGAGGAGCGCCGGGGCCGCCGGGGCCGGGAGGAACGGGAGGCCGCGCGGAGGCGGCAGCAGCAGUGUGAGCGCAGCGAGGAGCGGCGGCGGGAGCUGGCGGAGCGCCAGGGCCUGCUGCGGCGGGAGAAGGCGGAACGCGCGGCGCGCGACGACCGCCUGCGCAAGCUGCAGCAGGAGCAGAACCUGAAGCAGCGGGAGGAGGGCCUGCAGGAAGGGCGGGAGCGCGCCGAGCUGGUCCGCCGGGAGCGCGCCCAGCGCGCGGCGCGGGCCAAGCAACGACAAGAGGGUCAGCUGCAACGGGAGAAGCGGGAGCUGAGCCGGGCCGAGCGGGCGCGCCACGAGGCGCUGCUUCGAGGCCGAGCCCGGCAGCAGCACGAGGAGCGGGAGGGCCUGAGGAGCUCCCUGGAGGCUAGCUUGGGCCGCGCGCAGGAGAACUACGAGCAGCUGCAGGAGCAGCGUGCCCGGGAGCUUAGGGAGCGAGCCCGGAAGGAGGAGCUGCAGGGUCGGCGGGCUAAGGAAGCGGCCGAACGCAAAGAGCGGGAGCAUCGGGCGCACUUGGAGGCGCUGGCGCGGGCCGGGGAACGGCGGCUGCAGCACGCGGCGCAGGUGGCGGAAGAGGCGGUGCAGCAGAAAGCCCGGCGCGUGGUUCAGACUCGCCUGGAGAAGGAGAGGACUCAGCGUGCCAACAAGGAGAAGGUGGAGCGAGAUGAAGACUGCCGCCGCCGGGAGCUGCUGCAGGCCAUUGGCCGCAAGCUGGAGCGCAGCGAGCAGCUGUCUCGAGAACGGCGAAGUGCGCUGGAGAGCGCUCGCUCCACAGCCCGGGCCUCCUUCCACGUGCGGGAGAAGGUGCGGGAGGAGACCAACACGCGCUCUUUUGACCGCAUGGUGCGGGAGGCCCAGCUACAUGCCAGCCUGGACCGCAAAUGACAGCUGUCCUGUGCAGGCCAUACUGCUUUGUAUAGCCAGGUGGGGCCUCCCUUAGCCACUUGGACUAAACUCCAGG